GAGCUGAACAAGGGUCCUUAAGAUUCACAGGCAAGCACCUUAACUGCUAAGCCAUCUCACCAGCCCAGUUUUUCCAAUUCUUUACUAACCAAAUAACCCAAAAGUUGGGGUCCAUAUGCCUAGGCUCUCUUGCAUCUAUUGAAUUUAGUCCCUCCCUGACCCAAAAUCUUGUAUCCCUGCUAGCACAGUAUAUUUGUUCAUGAGCCCAUUGAGCAAGCACCAUGGUGCUCGAGGAAAGAGGAUAGCUGACAUACAUAGGUGAUGUGCAAAACUAUGAUGUAUGUUAUACAUACACAGGUGUAUGUUUGGUUGGUUGGUUUGUUUGUUUUUCUCUAGAGAACCCACUGUGAAACAGAAACCCAGCUAAGCAAGGACUGUGUACCCGGUGGGGGGAGGGGAGGGACUUCCAGCACAGACAGGACUAAUGGAACCUUAUAGGACACUGGGCAGAGGAAUUAAUGUGGGACAGUUUUCUUAUAGGAAGCAGGAAGCGAGUGGUUUUCAAGGUGUAGAGAGGAAUUUGUGAGAAGCAUGGGAAAAAUUCAUUUAUUUAUUUGAUCUUUUAUGUAGCCCAGUUAACAUGGAUUCUGUAGUAGAUAGCUUUGGGUCACUGAGAUGAACCUGCAGACCAGGCACAGUUAUGGAGGAUGGGGAUUGAUUUGAAGCUUACAGAUCUAGGGGAAGUUCCAUCAUGGCAGAAGAACUUGGCCCCCUUUCACAAGCCCAAGCAGAAGGAAAAGCCACCAGCAAAAGCAAGCAAGCACACUUCAGGAACUCCAGGCAGUACUUGGGUACUUUGAAUAUCUUAGCCUGGAAUUCAGAACGACCCAUAGUAACAUCUCCUCCAGCCAAGUUAUACGCUUGAAUAAAAAUCUUGAAUCUACUGGGGGACAUCCGUUCCAACUACCACAGAAUCAAUUCAGGUGUCUACAAUAACAGUGAAGGACAACAGAGAAAUUCAAAGGACUUUGGAGGGAAAACCUCCUUGAGAAAUCAGACCUGUUAACCUCACAAAAUGCAGGUGGCCAACACCAUCAGCCUAUAACUGCCAAGUGAAAGAGAAGCUGAAUGAAGAUGAGCCAUAAGAGAUGAAAGAAAGAGGACAGCAGGGCAUGAUGGCGUACGCCUUUAAUCCCAGCACUCAGGAGACAGAGGGAAAAAGAGUUUUGUUGUUGCCAAGAGAAAAUGUGAACAGAACCCCACAUGCAAGAAGUAUGCAAGUCCUUGAGAGAAGGUCUUUGGGCUUUAGGCAGAAGCAUGUGUUGAGAAAAAAAAAGUGGCAGAAUUCCAUCUAACACACUCUCCUUCUCUUCUUGCCACCAGAAAGGUUAACAUUAGGGUAAGAGGCUGUGGCCAGGAUCAUUUGAAAGAAUACCUCACUUCAGAGACAGAGAUUGAGGUGCAGAGACUGCAGAUCCACAGUUGCAACAGAAGUGGCCUUAAGAUCCAGCUUCAACACCAGCCCUGCUGUGCUUCAUGUGAUACUGGCAAUAUUUUAUAUCAUCCCUGAAGAUACCAGUUCAAGUCACUUGGGAAGACUAGAUGGGAAGAGAGACUAAGAAGCACUGAAGAGCUUUCAGGGAUGGAGUCAGGGAUCACCGCUCCAUCAGGCCAUCCAAAGAAAUACAGAAAAUCCCCAAGGGUGGCAGUAGACAGUGUGAAUGAGGGAACAUCCUUUGUUCAGGAAACAGAAAGUGGGCAACUAAAUAUCAUGGCAUCUUCAGAAGUCCCGCACAAACAAACAAGCUCAAGCCCUCACGCAGACAAGGGGAAUAAAAACUGUGAUGGAACAUCCCAGAAGAAACCGGAGAAGAAAAGACAACCAGGCCCUCUCCAGCUGCCAUCAGAGAAUGAAGGUGCGCUGUACAGUAAGGCAUACCCUGUACACUCAGCAGCUGUCACACCUCCACCUGAAAUACCAGUGCACAUCUCCAGAGGUAGAGGGAAGAGGAGACGCCAAGGCCCUCCACUGAUGCCAUCAGAAAAUGAAGGUGUACUGUACAGUGAGAUAUACCCUGUACACUCAGCAGUUGCCACACCUCCACCUGAAAUGCCAGGGCACAUCUCCAGAGGUAGAGGGAAGAGGAGACACCAAGACCCUACACUGAUGCCAUCAGAGAAUGAAGGUGCAGUACACAGUGAGACGUCCCAAGAGAAGACAGCAAUUGUCUCCCUUCCAUCUGAAAUGCCAAGACACAUCUCCAAUGAUAGAGGGAAGAGGAGACACACAGCCACUCCACUGGUACCAUCAGAGAAUGAAGGUGCAGUGCUCAGUGACCAAUCCCAGGAGAACACAGCAUUUAUCUUUUCUCCACCGAAAAUACCAGGGCACAUCUCCAGGGGUAGAGGGAAGAAGAUAGACCCCACCCCUCCACUGGUGCCAUCAGAGAAUGGAGGUGCAAUGCGCAACAAAAUAUGUCAGGAGAACCCAGUAUUUAUCUUUUCUCCACCUAAAAUACCAAGAAACAUCUCCAGAGAUAAGGCUAAGAAGACAGACCAAGCGCCUCAACAGGUGCCUUCAGAGAAGGAAGGUGCAGUGGGCAGUGAGACGUACCCUGUACAUUCAGAAGUUGCCCCUCCUCCACCUGAAGUGCCAGGGCACAUCUCCAGAGGUAGAGGGAAGAGGAGAUGCCCAGCCCCUCCACAGAUGCCAUCAGAGAAUGAAGGUACAAUGCGCAGUGAGACGUACCCUGUACAUUCAGCAGUUUCCCCUCCUCCACCUGAAAGGCCAGGGCACAUCUCCAGAGGUAGAGGGAAGAGGAGACAACCAGCCCCUCCACUGGUGCCAUCAGAGAAUGAAGGUACAAUGUGCAGUGAGACAUCACAGGAGAACACAUCCCUUGCCUUUCCUCCACCUGAAAUGACAAGACACAUCUCUAGGGGUAGAGGGAAGAGGAGACGCUCAGCCCCUCCACUAGUGCCUUCAGAGAAUGAAGGUGCAGGACAGAGUGAGACGUCCCACAAGAACACAGCAUUUGUUGGUUCUCCACCUGAAAUGCCAAGGCAUAUCUCCAGGGGUAGAGGGAAGAGGAGAUGCCCAGCCCCUCCACUGCUGCCAUCAGAGAAUGAAGGUACAAUGCACAGUGAGACGGCCCAGGAGAACACAGCAUUUACCUUUUCUCCAACUGAAAUACCAAGGCACAUCUCCAGAGGUAGAGGGAGGAGGAGACGCCCUGCCCCUCUACUGGUGCCAUCAGAUAAUGAAAGUGCAGUGCUCAGUGAGCAAUCCCAGGAAAACAUGGCUUUUGUCUCGCCUGCUCCUGAAAUGACAAGGCACAUAUCCAGGGGUAGAGGGAAGAGGAGAUGCCAAGCCCCUCCAAUGAUGCCAUCAGAGAAUGAAGGUGCAAUGCACAGUGAGACGUACCCUGUACAUUCAGCAGUUGCCCCUCCUCCACCUGGAAAUCCAGGGCACAUAUCCAGAGGUAGAGGGAAGAGGAGAUGCCCAGCCCCUCCUCUGGUGCCAUCAGAGAAUAAAGGUACAAUGCACAGUGAGACGGCCCAGGAGAACACAGCAUUUGUCUUUUCUCCACCUGAAAUACCAAGGCACAUCUCCAGAGGUAGAGGGAGGAGGAGACACUCAGCCCCUCUACUGGUGCCAUCAGAUAAUGAAAGUGCAGUGAUCAGUGAGCAAUCCCAGGAGGACAUGGGUUUUGUCUUGCCACCACCUGAAAUGCCAAAGCACAUCUCCAGGGGUAGAGGGAAGAGAAGACGCCAAGCCCCUCCACUGGAGCCAUCAGAGAAUGAAAGAGCAGUGCUCAGUGAGCAAUCCCAGGAGAACAUGACUUCUGUCUUUCCUCCACCUGAAAUGCCAAGUCACAACUCCAGGGGUAGAGGGAAGAGGAGACGCCAAGCCCCUCCACUGGUGCCAUCAGAAAAUGAAAGUGCCGUGCUAAUUGAGCAAUCCCAAGAGAAUAAAGCAUUUGUCUUUUCUCCACCUGAAAUGCCAAGGCACAUCUCCAGGGGUAGAGGAAAGAGGAGAUGCCCAGCCCCUCUGCUGGUGCCAUCAGAGAAUGAAGGUGCAAUGCACAGUGAGACAUACCCUGUACAUUCAGCAGUUGCCCCUCCUCCACCUGGAAUUCCAGGGCACAUAUCCAGAGGUAGAGGGAAGAGAAGAUGCCCAGCCCCUCCACUGGUGCCAUCAGAGAAUGAAGGUACGAUGCGCAGUGAGACAGACCAGGAGAACACAGCAUUUGCCUUUUCUCCACCUGAAAUACCAAGGCACAUCUCCAGAGGUAGAGGGAGGAGGAGACGCCCUGCCCCUCCACUGGUGCCAUCAGAUAAUGAAAGUGCAGUGCUCAGUGAGCAAUCCCAGGAGAAUAUGACUUUUGUCUUACCUCCACCUGAAAGGCAAAGGCAUAUUUCCAGGGGUAGAGGGAAGAGGAGACGCCCGGCCCCUCCACUGAUGCCAUCAGCGAAUGAAGGUGCAGUGCUCAGUGAGCAAUCCCAGGAGAACACAGCAUUUGUCUUUCCUCCACCUGAAAUGCCAAGGCACAUCUCCAGAGGUAGAGGGAGGAGGAGACGCCCUGCCCCUCCACUGGUGCCAUCAGAUAAUGAAAGUGCAGUGCUCAGUGAGCAAUCCCAGGAGAACAUGACUUUUGUCUUACCUCCACCUGAAAGGCAAAGGCAUAUUUCCAGGGGUAGAGGGAAGAGAAGAUGCCCAGCCCCUCCACUGGUGCCAUCAGAGAAUGAAGGUACGAUGCGCAGUGAGACAGACCAGGAGAACACAGCAUUUGCCUUUUCUCCACCUGAAAUACCAAGGCACAUCUCCAGAGGUAGAGGGAGGAGGAGACGCCCUGCCCCUCCACUGGUGCCAUCAGAUAAUGAAAGUGCAGUGCUCAGUGAGCAAUCCCAGGAGAAUAUGACUUUUGUCUUACCUCCACCUGAAAGGCAAAGGCAUAUUUCCAGGGGUAGAGGGAAGAGAAGAUGCCCAGCCCCUCCACUGGUGCCAUCAGAGAAUGAAGGUACGAUGCGCAGUGAGACAGACCAGGAGAACACAGCAUUUGCCUUUUCUCCACCUGAAAUACCAAGGCACAUCUCCAGAGGUAGAGGGAGGAGGAGACGCCCUGCCCCUCCACUGGUGCCAUCAGAUAAUGAAAGUGCAGUGCUCAGUGAGCAAUCCCAGGAGAAUAUGACUUUUGUCUUUCCUCCACCUGAAAUGCCAAGGCACAUCUCCAGAGGUAGAGGGAAGAGGACACACUCAGCCCCUCCACUGGUGCCAUCAGUGAAUGAAGGUGCAGUGCUCAGUGAGCAAUCCCAGGAGAACACAGCAUUUGUCUUUCCUCCACCUGAAAUGCCAAGGCACAUCUCCAGAGGUAGAGGGAAGAGGACAUGCCCGGCACCUCCACUGGUGCCAUCAGAGAAAGCAGGUGCAGUGCUCAGUGAGCAAUCCCAGGAGAACACAGCUUUUGUCUUUCCUUCACCUGAAAUGCCAAGGCACAUCUCCAGGGGUAGAGGGAAGAGGAGAUGCUCAGCCCCUCCACUGGUGCCAUCAGAGAAUGAAGGUGUAGUUUCCAGUGAGAUGUAUCUUGUACAAUCAAUAGUUGCCCCUCCUCCCCCUGAAAUGCCAAGGCACACCUCCAGAGGUAGAGGUAAGAGGACACACUCAGCCCCUCCACUGGUGCCAUCAGCGAAUGAAGGUGCAGUGUUCAGUAAGAAAUCCCAGGAGAACACAGCAUUUGUCUUUCCUCCACCUGAAAUGCCAACGCACAUCUCCAGAGGCAGAGGGAAGAGGACACGCCCGGCCCCUCCACUGGUGCCAUCAGAGAAUGAAGGUGCAGGGCUCAGUGAGCAAUCCCAGGAGAACACAGCAUUUGUCCUUCCUUCACCUGAAAUGCCAAGGCACAUCUCCAGAGGGAGAGGGAAGAGGAGAUGCUCAGCCCCUCCACUGGUGCCAUCAGAGAAUGAAGGUGUAGUUUCCAGUGAAACGUACCCUGUAAUAUCAAUAGUUGCCACUCCUCCCCCUGAAAUGCCAGGGCACACCUCCAGAGGUAGAGGUAAGAGGAGACACUCAGCCCCUCCACUGGUGCCAUCAGAGAAUGAAGGUGCAGGGCUCAGUGAGCAAUCCCAGGAGAACACAGCAUUUGUCUUUCCUCCACCUGAAAUGCCAACGCACAUCUCCAGAGGCAGAGGGAAGAGGAGACGCCCAGCGCAACCACUGGUGCCAUCAGAAAAUGAAGGUGCCGGGCUCAGUGAGCAAUCCCAGGAGAACACAGCAAUUGUCUUUCCUCCACCUGAAAUGCCAAUGUACAUCUCCAGAGGUAGAGGAAAGAGGAGACGCUCAUCCCCACCACUGGUGCCAUCAGAGAAUGAAGGUGCAGUGCUCAGUGAGCUAUCCCAGGAGAACACAGCUUUUGUCUUUCCUCCACCUGAAAUGCCAAGGCACAUCUCCAGGGAUAGAGGGAAGAAGAGAUGCAGAACCCCUCCACUGUUGCCAUCAGAGAAUGAACAUAAAAUGGGCACUGAGACGGCCCAGGAGAACAUAGCAUUUGUUGUUCCUCCACCUGAAAUGCCAAGGCACAUCUCAGGGGGUAGAGGGAAGAGGAGACACUCAGCCCCUCCACUGGUGCCAUCAGAGAAUGAAGGUGCAGUGCUCAGUGAGCAAUCCCAGGAGAACAUAGCUUUUGUCUUUCCUUCACCUGAAAUGCCAAGGCACAUCUCCAGGGGUAGAGGGAAGAAGAGACGCCCAACCCCUCCACUGGUGCCAUCAGAGAAUGAACAUACAAUGCGCAGUGAGAUGGCCCAGGAGAACAUAGCUUUUGUCGUUCCUCCACCUAAAAUGCUAAGGCACAUCUCCAGGGGGAGAGGGAAGAGGAGACACCAAGCCCCUCCAAUGGUGCCAUCAGAGAAUGAAGGUGCAAUACUCAAUGAGCAAUCCCAGGAGGACAUGGAUUUUGUCUUUCCUCCACCUGAAAUGCCAAGGCAUAUCUCCAGGGGUAGAGGGAAGAGGAGACGCUCAGCCCCUCCACUGGUGCCAUCAGAGAAUGAAGGUGCAGUGCUCAGUGAGCAAUCCCAGGAGGACAUGGGUUUUGUCUUUCCUCCACCUGAAAUGCCAAGGCAUAUCUCCAGGGGUAGAGGGAAGAGGAGACGCUCAGCCCCUCCACUGGUGCCAUCAGCGAAUGAAGGUGCAGUGUUCAGUAAGAAAUCCCAGGAGAACACAGCAUUUGUCUUUCCUCCACCUGAAAUGCCAAGGCACAUCUCCAGAGGUAGAGGGAAGAGGACAUGCCCGGCACCUCCACUGGUGCCAUCAGAGAAAGCAGGUGCAGUGCUCAGUGAACAAUCCCAGGAGAACACAGCUUUUGUCUUUCCUUCACCUGAAAUGCCAAGGCACAUCUCCAGGGGUAGAGGGAAGAGGAGAUGCUCAGCCCCUCCACUGGUGCCAUCAGAGAUUGAAAGUUCAGUACUCAGUGAGCAAUCCCAGGAGAACAUGGGUUUUGUCCUUCUUCCACCUGAAAUGCCAAGGCACAUCCCAAGGGGUAGAGGGAAGAAGAGAUGCUCACCCCCUCCACAGAUGCCAUCAGAGAAUGAAGGUGCAGUGCUCAGUGAAAUGUAUCCUCUACACUCAACAAUUGCCUCUCCUCCACCUGAAAUGCCAGGGCACAUCUCCAGAGGUAGAGGGAAGAGGAGACGCCCAGCCUCUCCACUGAUGCCAUCAGAGAAUGAAGGUACAAUGCGCAGUGAGACGUACCCUCCACACUCAGCAGUUGCCCCUCCUCCACCUGAAAUGCCAGGGCACAUCUCCAGAGGUAGAGGGAAGAGGAGACGCCAAGCCCCUCCAUUGGUGCCAUCAGAGAAUGAAGGUACAAUGCACAGUGAGAUGUACCCUGUACAUUCAACAGUUGCUCCUCCUCCACCUGAAAUGCCAGGGCACAUCUCCAGAGGUAGAGGGAAGAGGAGACGCCCUGUCCCUGCACUGAUGCCAUCGGAGAAUGAAGGUGCAAUGCGCAGUGAGACGUACCCUCUAUACUCAGCAGUUGUCCCUCCUCCACCUGAAAUGCCAGGGCACAUCUCCAGAGGUAGAGGGAAGAGGAGACGCCCUGUCCCUGCACUGAUGCCAUCAGAGAAUGAAGGUGCAAUACACAGUGAGACGUACCCUGUACACUCAGCUGUUGCCCCUCCUCCACCUGAAAUGCCAAGGCACAUCUCUAGAGGUAGAGGGAAGAGAAGACACACUGCCCCUCCACUGGUGCCAUCAGAGAAUGAAGGUACAGUGCACAGUGAGACGUACCCUGUACACUCAGCAGUUGCCCCUCCUCCACCUGAAAUGCCAAGGCACAUCUCAAGGGGAAGAGGGAAGAGGAGACACCCCGCCCCUCCACUGGUGCCAUCAGAGAAUGAAGGUGCAGUGCUCAGUGAGCACUCCCAGGAGAACACAGCUUUUGUCUUUCCUCUUCCUGAAAUGCCAAGGCACAUCUCAAGGGGCAGAGGGAGGAGGAAAUGCGCAGUGCCUCCACUGGUGCCAUCAGAGAAUGAAGGUCCAGUUUGCAGUGAGACAUACCUUGUACAAUCAGCAGUUGCCCCUCCCCCAUCUGAAAUUCCUGGGCACAUCUUCAGAGGUAGAGGGAAGAGGAGACGCCCAGCCCUUCCACUGUUGCCAUCAGAGAAUGAAGGUUCAGUGUAUAGUGGAACAUUCCAGGAGAACAUGGCUUUUGUCUUUCCUCCACCUGAAAUGCCAACACACAUCUCCAGGGGUAGAGGGAAGAGGAGAGGCUCAGCCCCUCCACUGGUGCCAUCAGAGCAUGAAGGUGCAGUGCAUAGUGAGACGUGCCAGGAGAACAUGGCUCUUGUCUUUCCUCCACCUGAAAUGACAAUGCACAUCUCCAGGGGUAGAGGGAAGAGGAGAUACUCAGCCCCUCCACUGGUGCCCUCAGAGAAUGAAGGUGCAAUGUGCAGUGAGACGUCCCAGGAGAACACAGCAUUUGUCUUUCCUUCACCUGAAAUGCCAAGGCCCAUGUCCAGGGGUAGAGGGAGGAGGAGACUCCCAUCUCCUCCACUGGUACCAUCAGAGAAUGAAGGUACACUGCAUCGUGAGAUGUUCCAGGCACACACAGGCAUUGCACCUCCUUCACCCAAAAUGCAAGCAAAUGAUCCUUCAAGCAUUUGUGUAUCGGCAGGUGAUUUUACAUCUUCACCAGCUGCUGAUAUAAAACUGAGAAAGAAAAAGUGGGGCGUCUCAAAUACCAGUUCCUUGAGUGUGCCUGUCUCCAGGGAUGAGAUCAGGGAUGAGUAUGAAGAUCAUGCUCCAUCUGAGCAGCAGAGUCUCAUGGUCCCCUUUCCAAAAGUUCUCAUAAAACAAUCACAGUGCUCCAGCCUAGAACUCCAAGCUAGUGGAGACCAUGGGAAUGCUACCAGCUCAAGCAACAUGGAAGAGCCGGGCCCUAGUACUUCAAAAGCAGCCUUGGUAGGGGAAUCAUCAUCUUAUAUACCCCCAGUCCUGGGUAUGAAGCAGUCACUGCAUAUUUCAAAGAUAAAUAGGAAGCGCCAAAAUAUAUCUGAGAAGGGAAGUCGAGGAAAACAUAAAUCUCAAGUGUGCUCAAAGGGAACUAACACCAAGGAACCUCGGAGAAGCGUCAGAAACCGACAGGCGAACAAAGUCCCAGCCAUGGCUUCUUCCAAGCAGCCAUGUCCUAUUGAAAGUGGGACACUUGUCUGGUUUAAAUUUCAAGAUCAUCCAUUUUGGCCAGCGGUGGUCAAGUAUGUCCACAAAACCAAUAAGACAGCCAGAGUGUUGUUAAUCGACCGUAACCUGAAGUUUGUCCACAGGGGCAUCCUUGUCCCUCUUCGUAGAUUAAAACACCUGGAAUGUAAGGAGAAGGAAACACUCCUCCGGAGAGCCAGUAAAGCCUACCAGCAAGGUAUCAGCUGGUGUUUCUCACUGAUUGACCACUACAGAGAGAUCAGAGCUCACAAGUCUUACAAGGGGUCCUUCAUGGACUAUUACACUUCCAGGGUAAGUCUUCGCAUGCGCAAAGCUGUCCAAGAAGGCGAACUGCAAAUUGAUUUUCCAAUGGUAUGCUAUGAGGACCUAGAAGACUGGGAGGAGGAGGAGACCUCUCUAGGCAGGAAGGGGCCCUACAAGAAACUCCUGCCUGACCGUAUGAGGGCUGCUCGGGACCGAGCCAACCAGAAGCUUGUAGACUUCAUAGUGAAGAGUAAAGGUGCUGACCAACACCUGCUGGACAUCAUGCAGGGCAAGAAAGAUUCCAAAUGGCUGACAUCCCUUUUAAGUUUAAAGAAGAGUAGUUUAUGUACGGAGACUUACCUGGAGGAAGAGGAUCAAUUAUAUACAGUGGGCAAACAUUUACAAGAAAUCUUCAAGAAAACAGACGGGAAACUGCUCGCUCAGGCAGGAGGAGACAAAGUGAAAUUUACCAUGCAAGUUCUUCUCCCAGAAGCCAUCAUUUAUUCCAUUGCUAUCCUGGAUGAGCUCGAUUAUGAGGCAGCAGAAGAGAAGUUUCUACGUGGCCCACCUGUGCAUCACCGUGAAAAAGAUCUAUUUGACAAGAAAAUCUUAAAGGAUGCUAAGAAGAAGAGAUCAGAAGUCAAGAGUCAUUCUUAAAGAGCUCUUUUGUUCACACCUUAGAAGGGAAUUCUUCCUUCCUGCCACCAGUUCCUGCAAUGGUAAUACACUUCUCAUGUAGCAUCUGGGGAAGUAUGUUGUGUGUUGUUGCUACAUUAAAGGUUCAUUUCAUGUUUUCUUCUUACUAUUCUAAAUAA